CCUUCUUUUCCUUCCACUCCCUUCCUUAUUAUGGCUAGUGGUGGCUCUGGGAAAUCGGCUAGCGAGGGAUCAACCAGCACACCCAGUGGAAGUUUGCAGCAGAGGAAGCGUCUCUCCUCUAUCUGUGACACAUGUAAGGGCAAAAUGCAGCUGGUGGCUGACCUCCUCCUGCUGUCCAGCGAGACCAGGCCAGUCAUGACCUCUGAAGGUGUGGCAGUGGCAGACACCUUUGACCAGUGCCGUGACACAGUCAUCGCCAGGACUAAAGAGCUCUCCAUUCUCACCCAUGACAUCCAGAGCCAGCUCAACAUGGGCCGCUUCACAGAGGUGGGGGACCGUCUCCUGGAGAUGGCGGACCUGGUGGUAUCUUUGACAGAGUGCUCAGCCCAUGCCUCUUACCUGGCAGCUGUGGAGACACCUGGCUCUCAGCCCUGCCUGCCAGGUCUGGUGGACCGUUACAAGGUGACCCGCUGCCGGCACGAAGUGGAGCAGAGCUGCAGCAUCCUCAGAGUUACACCCUUGCCAGACCUCUCCCCCCAGCUCCUCCUUGAGCUCUCUCAGAACAUCUCCACCAACCUCAAGAAUCUUACAGACAUCUCCUCGCUGGCCAGUGAGAGGUCCAGGGACCGCUUUGCAAAAGAGCAGUUUAAACUGAGCGUCAAAAGCAUGAGCACGAGCGGCACAGCCUUCCUGGCGUGUGUCAAGGAGGUGAAAACGCAGCCCAGUGAGCUGACCAGGAACCGCUGUGUGCUCUUUAGUGCGGCUUUAGUCCAGGCUGUCAAUGCCCUGGUUGGGUUUGCCACAGAGCCUCAGUUCCUAGGAAAAGCUGCAAGUAUCUCCACUGAAGGGAAGGGGGUACAGACUGCAGUGUUAGGGGGGGCCAUGAGUGUGGUUUCAGCCUGUGUCCUCCUCACUCAGGGCCUCAGGGAUGUUGCACAGCAUCCUGAGAGCAGCUCGAAAAUGGCUGACUACCGUGAGCGUCUGCGAAACUCGGCGUGUGCUGUAUCAGAUGGCUGCACUCUGCUCACUCAGGCACUCAGAGAACGCUCCUCUCCAAGGACUCUGCCGCCAGUCAACUCUCAUUCUGUGAAUUAGUUUAGGAAGAGGCAGCAUGAUCUCCAGUCCCCUCUGUCCUAUUCUACCGUACCAAAGACACUCACUUGGGUUAUUCCUGUUCAUCAGAUAUAGAGUCAGUAACAUCAGAAGGAGGCUAUCUGUGGGUCUGUUCAUGGGGUUGAAGUGUGUUUGAAUGCAGAAGAGCGCUAAAAAUGUCACAGGGUUUUGUGUCGCGCUGGAUGUGGCUCAAACCUUGUUACAAAUGGACCCCUUGAGCAAAUGGGCCUGACAUGAGCUCAGCUGACCACCGCUCACCAACAGACAGCAACCUUCAAACCUGAAAAGUUUACCUCAGUUUUCAGCUCUGGUGAAAACACCAGCUUUGAUGAUGGAUGUAGCCUCACUGUGUGAAUCUGUGGUUGGCUGACCUACUCGAUUAUGUGUGCUUUGUGAGAAUGAAAAGAGUGAUCUGAGUGUCUCAAUGCCUGCUUUUGUUUUUUCAACAUGUGUGAAUUCUUAAUUGGUAAAAAGCUGCUGUGAGUGUGUGCCAUAGGUUUUACACUAUUUACCAGACUUCCCAUAGUAUUUUAAAGUGUUUUGAUCAUGCAUGUAAUGGAGUAUUUAUUUCAACAAUUAAAAAUGUUGUUUCUGAUAUGCCGUUGUUUGGCUAAUGUGCUUUGAAAAGCCAAAUUGUUUUAAGGGUCUGUUCAUUCAAAUAACAAAAAAGCAUCUAGUGGUAUCUGUCCAUACUGACAGUUAAGUUUUAAUUGUUCAAGUUUGGAGUUAUCUGUCUCUGAGAUUUCUGCUUCCACCCUGAUAGAAUGGUGGUAAAUUAACUUAAAAAUACUGCUUUCUAAUAGAGCACUGUGCAUUGAUGGUUUGAUAGAAUGUGACUAAUGACCUGCUUAAGGGUCAACAAAACAUGUUUUGUAGAAUAAUUAUAAGCUGUUAAUAAAAAAAAACCCAUUUGGUUCAUCCUGUAAUUAAAACCAAAAUCCAUUUGGUCUGACCAACCAAAUUGAUUAUUUUAUAGCCUGGCAACCCCAUUGUUCUUAUGAAUAGCUUCUUACUGAUGAAUAAAGUAUCAAUAAUGACAUUUUACUCCUAAUCAAAUCUUAAGUUACAAUUCAGAAACCCUUUACAUGGGGCGUCUUGUAAGAAAGUGCCACGGAAAAUGAAUCAGCAACAUCUCUUUAACACAGUCCUUAAAUGGAAAGAUAAUAUAUUUGUUUUGUUGUAAGUACCAGUUAUCUUAAUAAAAAAAAUGUUAUCUGUCA